GCGUGCUGGCGCGCAUCACCACACUCCUCAACUCCGUGUUGCCGCGGUAUCACCAAGGGGGGUCCGUGCGUCGUCCUAACGCUUUCAGUCUGCCGCGAAACGUCGUGGCGUGUAGAUUGGGUCAUCUGUGCCGGUUGUUUAUCUGACGCUCGCAUCUCGUGCGCGCUCCAUCAGCUGUCAAACACCCACGUUUUUUCUCCACUACCUUGUAUCCUCACACCUGAUCCUGACAUAACUUUUUCCUAUUAUCGAUAUUCGAUACUUGUUCUUAUCAAUACAACAUAAAUCUCAUAAAAACACCGUAAAUUUUAAAAUUAAUAAAAGUCUAAGUGGAUACUAAAAGUUGUAGUGCAUAAUAAAUUUAGUGUUCAAUUAUUUUGGACUUUCCAAAAUUAUCGAACUUAAAUAAUAUAUAAAAUAGAUAAGACAACGAGCAACCGAAAAUGUCGCCAUUUCCGGUACUUGUGACACUGGUGACACUGGUACUGGUAUCUCUAAUUUCAAUCGGAAAUGGCGAACUUUACACCGCACUCGCUGAUAUGGAAGAACUCCUCGAGACUGAAUCCGUGCUCAUUGACACUCUUCACGGUUACAUAAAAGUCCAAGAGCAACGAUUAGCCAUUUUGAGAAGGAACGUUGAAAAUUACUCACGAGAGCACGAAGAGGCGUCUCGCAACAUCCAGCAGUACCUCUCUAACCCAAUAAACGCUUACCUACUUGUCAAGCGAUUGACGACCGAUUGGAAGAGAGUAGAGGAGCUGAUAACAGAGGAUGUAGGCAAGGCAUUUGUAUCAAACAUCACGAUCUCCCGUAGUGACCUUAAAUUUCCGACGGACGAGGAUCUGAACGGGGCUGCAGUGGCACUCAUGAGACUCCAGGACACGUACAAGCUCGACACAUCCCAGGUCGCCAGGGGCGUCCUCAACGGUGUCCAGUACAGCACUGGCUUAAGUGCCGGCGACUGCUUCGAGCUUGGACGACAGUCAUACAAUAAUGGUGACUAUUAUCACACUGUGCUGUGGAUGCAGGAGGCCAUGAACCGGUUGCAGGAUGAACAAAAUAGAACGACGUCAAACAAACCAGAUAUACUUGAGUAUCUUGCAUUCUCUACUUAUAUGCAAGGUAACGUUGCACGUGCCUUGAGUAUGACAAAUGAGUUGCUCGAGCUCGUACCGAGCCAUCAGCGGGCUCUGGGCAAUCGGGCGUAUUAUCAAGAAGAAAUUCAGAAGAGCCAGGGAAAGAGAAAAAGAGGCGAAGAUGGUAAAAAUGAUGUCACUCUUGCUAGCCAACAAUUUACGGUCGUUGAAAAAAAAGUAAAACCCAUUGAAGAAAUGAGCGAACGAGAACGUUACGAAAUGCUUUGUCGCGGCGAAGUUCCACUAUCGCCCCGAAUCCAAAAAGAUCUAAAGUGUCGUUACGUCGAUCGUGGAAUUCCAUUUCUUAAGAUCGCCCCAUUCAAAGAGGAGGAAGCUUAUCUUGAUCCACGCAUUGUUAUCUACCACGACGUAAUAACCGACGCAGAAAUAGAUACGAUAAAAAGAUUAGCGCAACCCAGAUUUAAACGAGCGACCGUGCAAAAUUACAAGACUGGUGAACUGGAAAUAGCCAACUACCGAAUCAGCAAGAGUGCAUGGCUACAAGAGUACGAGCACAAACACGUACAGGCUGCGAGCCAGAGAGUUGAACAUAUGACCAGUAUGACUGUCGAGACUGCAGAGGAGUUGCAGGUGGUCAAUUACGGUAUCGGAGGACAUUACGAGCCGCACUUUGACUUCGCAAGGAGAGAGGAAACUAAUGCAUUUAAGAGUCUGGGUACUGGAAAUCGUAUUGCUACUGUUUUAUACUACAUGAGUGACGUCGAACAGGGAGGCGGUACAGUUUUUACGGCAAUAAAUAUAUCGCUGUGGCCGAAAAAAGGUAGCGCUGCAUUUUGGUAUAAUUUGAAACCUAAUGGCGAAGGUGAUUACAGAACAAGACAUGCUGCCUGUCCAGUUUUAACGGGCUCCAAAUGGGUUGCGAAUAAAUGGCUGCACGAGAGAGGACAGGAAUUCCUGAGGCCAUGCACGUUAGAAAACCAGCCGCCUGAUGACGAUGUAGGAAGAUAUUAAAAGAUUUAGUUUAUCACCGAACAGGUCAUCCCCUCGGGAUCCACAGGAUCCUCUACGUGACUUUUGCGGCGAAACGAUUGGACAAGAAUCUUAAUGAGAUUACUAUACAAUACUGAGAUCAGAGUUCAGAUUAAUAAAGUCGGUUCCUUUUUAUAGAAAACAAUAAGAGAGAAAACAGAUCAACUAUCAAAGUCGUUAAUUGUUAUUAUUAUUCUUUCUUUCAUUUAUUCAAAAUUUUAACAUAUCCAUUUUUUUCACAAAUUCAAUUUUUAAAACUCCAGCGACUUUGAUUUUAUUUAAAAUUUCAUUCUUUGUUGCGUGAAAAUUUUUAUCAGGCAUUAAUUAUAAUUUUAAAUUUAAAAAAUUAACAAAAGAUAUGUAGUGAGCUUGCCAUGAAAAAAGUCGCCAUAUUGUUUAAUUAUUAUUUUUAACAUUAAAGGAAAAUUUAACUUAAUGUAAUUUAAAUAAUUAAACGACUUAAUUUUCAUGACAAAAUAUUAUUUUGUACUAUAAAAAUAUUAUUAUUAUUAUUAUUGUAUUCAUGAUAGACAAUAUAUGUAAGUUAAUUGUUAUUUUUAUGAUCAGUGAUCACACAUCAUAAAUAACAAUAAAGUCUGCAAGUUUCCUCGUUAAUUAUUAAAAACUCCAGUAGCCAGUACAGUGAUAGUUCUUAAAAAAAAAAAAAAAAUAGUUAUCAUUACUGAUAAUAAAUUAAAAAAAUUGUAAAUUGU